AUGCCCACGACGUCUGUUCAGAGCGGCAACGGGCUGGUUGAGAGUGACAUGCAUGAGACAGCCGUCGUUGAUGGCAAAACAAUGCUCAUACCCAUCUACGAGCCACGCGCUUACAACCUAGAGGGAUACGGACUAGAUCCUGGCCAGGGCUGGAUUCUAGACGGCGUCUUCCAAGAAGUCGAUAUCGAGACCGGAGAUGUUCUUUUCCAGUGGAACUCUAUCGAUCACGUUUCGGUUGAGGAAUCCUACUCGCUUCUGGACGAGGACGGGGGAGGGACUGAAGAUAACCCGUGGGAUUACUUCCAUAUCAACUCCAUCGACAAGAAUGCCAAUGGUGACUACGUAGUGUCAGCCAGACACACCAAUGGCAUUUACAAGAUAUCCGGCCGAGAUGGAUCCGUGAUGUGGAGAUUAGGAGGAAGCCAUCCAGAUAUAGAGCAGACAAACUACAAUUUCUCAGCACAGCACGACGCGCGUUUCCGCCAGGAGAACGAUACUACAACUGUACUGUCUCUGUUCGACAACGCAAGUGAUCGGUAUACAAACACAUCGUCGAUCUCAAGCGGCAUGCUCGUCUCCAUUGACCACGGAACAAACUAUUCGACUCUGAUUAGACAAUAUGCUGCCCCUGGGGAUGUCCCACUCUCAUGGAGCCAGGGCAAUAUGCAGAUCCUGCCAAACAAGAAUGUCAUCGUAGGAUGGGGCAGUGUUCCUGCGAUCUCGGAGCACCUUGAAGACGGCACCUUGGUAUUCUUCGCCACAGUAGAAGAUCCCCUUUCCAUGAAUUACCGUUGGCACAAAUCCAACUGGACCGGAGAGCCAGCUGAUCCGCCGUCUCUGAAAAUAUACAGCGAGUCUCCAAUGUCAGGGACCACGUUUUGGAUCAGUUGGAAUGGAGCUACAGAGGUGGACUACUGGAAUAUCUAUGCCACCGCCAAUACAUCGGAAGAGUUUACACAUCUGGACUAUGCGGACCAUGUUGGCUUUGAGACUACGUAUUCUAGUACUGACUACCAUCCACGGGCGUUUGCAGAGGCUGUCGCGAAAGAUGGAACGAGUCUGGCAAACUCGUCGAUAAUUACAGCACAUCCGGCUCCGGGAGCUGGAAAGCGAGAACUUGGUUAA